CACGGUAUUUGCAAUUGCGAGAAAAGAAAUGAAAGAAUUGAAAAAGAGGCAACGGCAACGGCGAACGAAACACAAGUACACCGCACCUACAUCCCGCAGAAGUCGAAGUUCCCAUGCGCCCGCGCUCUGAUAAGGCCUUUCUGAGAAUCUAAGAAACCGAAUCGGAAUCCGAAAACUGAGUAGCUCGGGGAAUAAAUAUAUAGCGGGCGUCGUCGUAGCUCAGAACAAAAUACACCCAGCUCUCGCAGCGUGAACGUCGUCGAUUUCAGUUUCCGCCUUGAAAAUCAACUAAACAUAAAUUUCACUCCCGUCUCUCGUCUAAUGUGCGUCUGCUAGUGUUCUAAAUUAAAGAUUGGAAAAUUCAAUAGUCAAUAAGUCGGCGAAAUGGAAGACAAGCGAGCAAAUGGCGAUGCCACCACCUGCAACGGGCAUUCCAAGGAGAAGGACGUUCGCGUUUGGUGCGACGGAUGCUAUGAUAUGGUGCACUUUGGGCAUGCCAAUUCCCUGCGACAAGCCAAAGCACUUGGCGACAAGGUAAUUGUGGGCAUCCACACCGACGAAGAGAUCACCAAGCACAAGGGACCACCUGUCUUCACCGAGGAGGAGCGCGUCAAGAUGGUGAAAGGCAUCAAAUGGGUCGACGAGGUGGUGCUCGGUGCUCCGUAUGUUACCACACUGGAGGUGCUCGACCAGAACAACUGUGAUUUCUGUGUACACGGCGAUGAUAUUACAAUGACUGCGGAAGGAGUCGACACAUAUCAUUUGGUCAAGUCGGCUAAUCGCUAUAAGGAAGUUAGACGCACUGCUGGCGUUUCGACCACCGAUCUUGUGGGUCGCAUGUUGCUGCUGACACGCAACCACUUCCGUCAGGGAUCCGCCGAAUACGAUAUCGAGAAAGAAGUGAACAUUUUAAAACGACAAAUAAAAUCCCAUCCAGGUUCUUCGAAUAUGGGUCAAGACUCUGCUGCCAAAAGUCCAUGGACCGGGUGUAGUCAGUUCUUGCCAACUACCCAAAAAAUCAUUCAAUUCAGCGAUGGAAAGUCACCAAAUCCCGGCGAUAAGAUUGUUUAUGUGGCUGGCGCCUUUGAUCUGUUCCAUGUGGGUCAUCUGGACUUCCUGGAGAAGGCGAGCAAACUGGGCGACUACCUAAUUGUCGGACUGCACACAGAUCCAGUGGUCAACUCUUACAAGGGCAGCAACUACCCAAUUAUGAAUCUGCAUGAGCGCGUGCUGAGUGUUUUGGCCUGCAAGUUUGUCAAUGAGGUUGUGAUUGGAGCUCCCUACUGCGUCACCGAAGAGUUACUAGAACACUUCAAAAUUGAUGUCGUCUGCCACGGACGCACACCCAUUGCGCUAGAAAAUGGCAAGAGCGAUCCGUACGCCGUGCCCAAGACGCGAGCCAUCUUCGAGCUAAUCGACUCUGGCAACGAGAUGACCACAGAGCGUAUUGUGGAGCGCAUUAUAUCGCAUCGAUUGGAGUACGAGCGUCGCAACCAGGCCAAAGAAAAGAAGGAAAUCGAGGCUUUCGAGGCUCUUCAACGCCAAAAGCAGACCCAGAAGGCGGGCUAGCCGGCACUUGAUUCCGUCCUCUCACACUAGACGGAUGUUUUUAUUUGUUUUAGUUGCAUUCUUUUAGUUUGUUUUGUUUAGUUACCAGUUAUUAGUUAUGUUGCGUUCAAAGCGAUGCGGUCGCUGUCAGAGAUGCCGUACGCCCACUAAAUUUCAAAAAGUCUCGGUCCCAGCGUACCGCUCGCUCGUUUUCUAGUACAAUUAUUGAAUAGCUGCGGGUCGCACAGGCGGCUCUUGGCAAGCCUUAAUGAUAUAUUAAUAAUUAUAUACAUAUAUAUAUAUUUGUAAUACCUUAAUAUAGCAUAUUUAAAAUCUAAAUUUUAUGUAUGUAAGCUCAAAAUUUGUAAAUUCUACUUUGUAUGUGUUGAGAAACAAAUUCAAGUCAUGAUUGAAAUGAGAAUUGUACGAAAUAUAUGUAAGACGAAUAACAAAGAUAAACUGUGACAUGUUAUCCAAAAGGUUGGCAAACAUAUAAUUGUAUAUAUACGGCAAUGUAACGAAAGUAGGAUGACCGGAUCAGGAAAUAACUGCUUUUAUCCAAUGUAAUCUCCGAUACUUUGUCCUUAUUUAUUAAUACAUAUACUUAGUGCAAGUUCAAGUUUUAUGUUUCAAUGUUUAAUCUUAGACUAAAAUACAUGGCCAAAAAUAUUGCAAGCUCCAA